AUGUCGCCAGCGGCACUCACUCCCGAGCCAUCAUUCCAGGUCCUGCCUCUGGUCAAACGCAAGGAUCAGAAGUUCAAUUUCGGCGCCGUGGUCGAAGGACUCGAUCUAAACCAGAUUUCCGAUGACGAUGUCAAGCGGUUGAAGGAGACCAUAUGGACGCACAAGGUCAUUAUCGUCAGGGGCCAGCAGGACCUCACGCCCGAGAAACACUGGGAAUUGGUCACGCGUUUCGACCCGGACGCAUCUCAGGUUCACAGCCACGGCAGCCUGGCCACGUUUCAAAAGAAAGGCGGCAUGCUGGCCAAAUCUCGAGAUGUCUACGGCAUUCCCGGAGCAGAGAACGUGCGCCUGGUCGGGAAGGGGUACCAAGGCGAGGAUCAUUAUGGCCUCAAGAACCUCCACGUCAAGGGGCUCUCGAAUGGCUUCCACGCGGACCCGCCCUCGGACGAGGAUUUCCAGGCCGGCUUCACGCGGUUUCAGAGAUGGCACAUCGACGCCCCGCUGUACGCUCGCGAUCCCGCGUGGUUCACGACCCUGCGAGCGGUCAAACUCCCCUCGGGACCAGACGUGACCAUCCGGUGGGACGACGGGUCCGGACUCAGCAUGAAAUCACGGCCGGGCCUGACCGCGUUCUUCAGUACGUCCCAGCUCUACGACUUGCUCAGCGGCGACGAAAAGCAGCUCGCCGACCACAGCUGGGUCGAGUAUGCCCCGUAUCCGUACAUGUGGAUCGAGAACUGCAAGGCGCCCUCGACCGGACUGGGUCUGAAGUCUGAGGGCAAGGAGCACACCCUGGAGGAACUCGGCGAGUACGACGAGAAAGAUGUCAAGCGGUAUCCGUUCGUCUGGAUCAAUCCCGUGACUGGGGAGAAGGCGUUCCAAGUCCACGGCCUGGCCGCGCGGAAGCUCUUCCUGCGGUCGACGGUCGACGAGUCGCCCAAGGUCAUCGACAAGGUUGAGGACAUCCGCGCCUUUCUGCACAACGUCCAGUCCCGCGUCCUCCGGCCCGAGUACAUCUGGCUCCCGGAGGUCCAGGAGGGCGACAUGAUCAUGUGGGACAACUACGGCAUGUUCCACACCGCGGUGGACUAUCCCCUGAAAUACGGACCCAGGUCCAUGCACCAGGCCAACAUCGGCGCGAGCAAGGGGCCCGUCGGCCCGGUGCCCAUCCCUUCUGUCUGCUGA